UAUUUCUCACAAAAUAUGAGGUACAAAAGUUUAAAAAAUGCUCUUAUUUUCUAUUUUUAUUACUAAUAUGCUUGACAUUAUAUUGAAUUUGACAUUUUCAUGUACAAGAAGUUUAAUAAUUGUAAUUUGUUUUGAAAUUUUAUUUCUACUAUAGCUGAAAAAUUAUUCGCGAUCUAUCAAAAAUCGGCUCGCGCAUUUACUGGAUGGGUUUGUGACUCAUAUUUUGGAAAUCCCUGAUCUAGGAUACCCAGUGUGGUCAAAUUGAUGUUACAAAGACUUUGAAGCAUCCUUUGAUCGAUUAAUUUGUAAAAUUUCUUAUUCUAAUUGCUUAAAAUCAGAUCGAAUUCUUCGAAGCAUUUGUAGCGUCCGCAUUGACCACAGCCCUAGAAUCACUUUAUAUUUUCUCAAGUGUUGCCGAAUCUGUGAUGGGCUGCAUUCCGAAGUUCACUGCGAGUACUGAACAUUUAUUUCAUAUACUAUAGAUUUUCAGUAUUAGGUAUUAACGCACCUUUAAUGUGCGCAUCCCCUCCAUCUCCUUUUCGACGGCGCCGCGGCGCUAUGCAGGUUGUAACACCUGCUUCAACACAUUGGAUUUUGGAUUGGUAACAUUGUUAUUUCGAAUCUGGCACUUCUGGAUUUCUAACGGUCAUUCGCAACGGUCAUCACCGACAAUAGUACCUCAUUGGUACAACGGUGUCUAUUCAUAUUCCAGCGGUAAAUGGUUCAUUUUAACAAUGCCGAUCUUGAAUACUAUUGAGAUUUCCAACUUUAAGUCGUUUAAAGGAAAAACAGUAAUCAGUCCCAUUCCGCGGUUCUUAGCAAUAAUCGGUCCAAAUGGAUCCGGAAAAUCAAAUAUUAUGGACGCUAUAAGUUUUGCUUUAGGGGAGAAGGCAAGUGCUUUGCGUGUUAAACGCCUUAACCAACUUAUUCAUGGAUUUCCUUUAAGACAAUCAAUGACUGAAGGAAUUGCCUACGUAAAACUAGUCUUCAUAGGAGACGAUAUCAAUGAUAAAAGUUUCACAAGGAUGAUACAUGGUGAAACCAAUCAGUACAAAAUAGAUAACAAGGUUGUUACGGAUAAAUUUUAUAUGACAGAACUGCGACAAGUGGGUUUAGAUAUAAAGGCAGGAAACUUUUUGAUACCCCAGGGCUGCAUCGAACAUUUUGCAUUAAAAAUGCCGAAAGCUUUAACCAUUAUGUUUGAACAAACUUGUAAUUCAAUUGCGUACAAAGCAGAUUAUGAGAGAUUAAAAUCAGAACUUCUGAAAGUGGAAGACGAGACACAUUUGCAACAUCAAAUGCUGAAACAGCUUAGAGUUCAAAAGAAAAAUGCCACUGUAGAAAAAGCAGAAACAAAAGAAUAUUUACAAUUGCAAGAAGAAUAUAAUAAGAGAAAAUUAAAAUGUCAGUUAAUUCGAUUGCUUCUCAUUCAGAAGAAAAUGGAAUUUUUAGAAGAUAUAAAAAGAAAAAUCAAAUCUGAUAUAGACGAGCAUCAACGCAAUAAAAAGUUUAGGGUAAUUUUGUUGAAAGAAAUACAAAUAAAAUUUAAGUCUUUAUCCAUUGAUCACGAAGUUAUUGAGGAAAAUAUUAUAGAAAUGGAAAAUAGUAUUCAAAAGAAGAAGACAGAACUUGCUAUUUUUGAGGAAAAUAUCUCCUACUGGAAGAAUAAACAUAGUUACGCGAUCGAAUUUCUAUAUAGUGCGAGUAAAGCUCGUGAAACUAAGCAGAAAGUCAUUCAAGAAUUAGAAGAUGAAUUAAAACAAAUAAACAACAAAUUAACAGAGUUAAGAAAAGCAUCACAGACAAGCAUUAUAGAACUCAGCGAUUGUCAGGUUAAACGUUACAUGGAAUUGACAAUCAAAGUUGAAUGUCAAGCAAAGGACUUUGUAGAACAAAUAAAUAACUUACUGCACAAUAAACAAGAGGAUCACGAUAAACUUGAUAACGCAAAUAGGCGUAAGCAAGAACUGGAGGACAAAGUAAAGCAGAUAAGAUUAAAGAAGAAGAAUCUCGAAACGCGGCUCAAAAGACUGCAAGAUUUAAAUGCCGAAUCCAAAGUUUUGUCUAUAGAAAAAAAAAAAAUAGUAGAUGAAUUAAAUCAGAAAAUUUAUGACACAAAGGAUAAAUCAUUACGUCUGGAGAACGCUAUUACAAAGAUAAGAGAGCAGCUUUCAGAGAUUGAUAUUGGUAACAGACAACAUGACAAAAAUGAAACAAUAAAAAAGUUGAAACAGUUGUAUUCCGGUGUAUAUGGUCGCUUAUCUAAUUUGUGUAAGCCUAUUCAUGAACGUUAUAAUGUUGCAACAACGAAAGUUUUCGGUAAAAAAAUGGAAGCUAUCAUCGUUGAUACUAAACAUACAGCAAUUCGAUGUAUUGAAUUUUUAAAAGAGCAUAGACUAGACAUAGAAACAUUUUUACCACUUGAUACAAUAAAAACUGUACAUUUAAACGAACAGUUACGUACUAUAAAAGAGCCGAGGAAUGUUAAAUUAUUAUAUGACGUAUUGAAUAUUUCACCUGAAAUAAAUAAAGCGGUUUUAUUUGUCACUAAGAAUACUUUAGUUUGUGAAACUGUUAAAGAUGCACAAAUAAUAGCACAAUCUCGCGAGAAAUGGAAAGCACAAAAUUGUGUUUCAUUGGAUGGAUGUUUUUAUCGUAAAGAUGGUAUAAUAUCUGGUGGACAGGCUGAUUUAAUUAAAAAAGCAAAACAAUGGGUAGAACAAGACGUACUUCAAUUGUCGGAACAAAAGACACAAUUAACGCAAGAACUCAGAAAUUUGCCCAAAAUUUCUCUCAAACUGCAGUUUGAACGUGAGGAAAUUACUGUACAAAUUAAUGAACUCGAGGCUAGAAAUAAAUACAUUGAAAUAGAUAUAAAAGACACUGAAAACCAAAUUGUUAAAAUGCAACAAGAAUUAGAUUUAGACACGCUUGAUAGGGAAAUAAUUGCAUUAGACAUGGCAAUAGUUGAAGUUCGAGAUAAUAUACAAAAAAGAGAUAAAAGAAUUGAAAAAAUAAAGAAACGUAUUAAUGCAAUUAAAGAUGUAAUCUUUGUCGAUUUUUGUAAAGACAUUAAUGUGCCGAAUAUUAGCUACUAUGAAGAGAAUAAUUUACGAAUUUAUCAAGAGCAAAAAAAGAGACAAAUGGAGCUUGAACAACAACAUGAUCGUAUCAAAAAUCAAUUGCGUUUUGAAAACGAGGAUAAUACAGAAAGUAAAGUAUUGAAAUGGCAACGCACUAUAGAACAAAUGGCGAAAGCGGACGCGGAAUUGAAUAAGAUAUAUCGUCAAGAAGAAGAAGUAAAGAUUAAGCUUGUGGAAGAAGAAGCGGAUAUGUCUGCAUUAAAAAAAACUUAUGGACGAAUGGAAAGAGAUUUACAGAAUGUACAAGAAGAACUGAACAAUUGCAAAUUGCAAAUUAGCAAUAUUAACAAAUUAUACCUGAACAAACAGAAAGAGCAUAUUGCUGUACAGAGAAAAAUAGAACAGAAAAAAAUAGAAUGCAAAACUAUACUGAAAGAAUGCCAGAUGGAAAAUAUUAUUAUUCCAAUGUCAAAGGUAUCAGGUCGUAGAUCAAAAGAAAGCUCAAGUAGCUCAUCAAAUUCGAUUGCGGAAUCGUUUGGUGAAUGUGAUGUGUUAUCAGAAAUUGAUUUUUUGCAAUUUCCUAACGACAUUCGCAAUUGUACAAACAACGAUUUACUAGAUGCACUUGAACUACUUAAUGAAGAGCUUGCAAGAAUCAAGGCUGAGUUGAAAAACGUUGCAAAUCCUAAUCUUAAGAUUGAUGAAAAGAUCGACUCGAUAGUUCAAGAAAUACAAGAGAUAAGUACGAACCUUCAAAAUUGCCGUAAAAACUAUGAUGAAAUAAAUGCACAAUUUGAGUUAGUGAAAAGAAACAGAUAUAAUCUGUUUUCGAGUUGUCUGGAGAACAUUACUGCGGAAGUAGAUUCUAUAUGCAAAGUCGGUAUUUGUAAUUGCGCUUUAAAAUUCUAUUUAUUACAUAGUUUGUUUUUCUUUUGUACAUCGCAGUUUUUAUUUGAUUUAUUUUCUGUGCAGAAUUUAGUUAAUGAUAGGUCAGCUCAAGCAAUUAUCUUACCAGAUAAUCCUGAAGAACCGUACACAGGCAAUGUAAUUUACAACUGCAUGGUGCCAUCUAAAAACUUUCUUCCAAUGCAAUGUCUAUCUGGUGGAGAGAAAUCGCUCGCUAGUUUGGCAUUACUAUUUGCAAUUCAGCGUUACAAAAAAAUACCGUUUGUCAUUAUGGACGAAUGUGAUGCAGCUUUAGACAAGAUGAAUAUUAAGAAUGUUACUCGCUUUAUUCAGUCUCAAAAUACAAUGCAAUUUAUCAUGAUAUCCUUACACAAAGAAUUGUUUUACAAUACCGAUGCACUUGUAGCAGUUGCUAUGCAACAUCGCACAAGCUGCCCUCACAGCGAAGUAUUUGGUAUUGUGUUAAGUGGAUAUCAUUAUUAAUCUAAAAAAACUGUUUAAAUUCAGCUGAAAUUUUCAAACAUUGUUCUGAUAAUAAUAUCAAUAAUAUUAAAUUUCUGAUAACAUUACUAAUAAUAUUAAAUUACUAUAAAUACCAGAAUUAUCAGAAUUAUUAUUAUGAAUUGUGAACUAUAUUCGUAUAACUUAUUUAACUUAUAAUAAGAAUGUUACUUUGUCAAUAUUAUUAUUGAAGAUACAUUUCCUUUUAAAUUAUAUGAAAUGUUAAAUAUAAAUGUUAAAUAUAAAUUAGGAAGACAUUUUUAAGUAGAAUAGAUUUGAGAUUUAACAAAUUUCCAUAUUUGAGGUGCAAUGUAAUCAGAAAAGUUUAGUUUGAUUUACGCACUUUGUAUAAUUUAUGCAAUUGUAUAUAUAUGUUAAUUUUGUUUUUAAAUAUAUAUAGUAUUAAUUUAUUUGUAAUUUGUAUUAAAAAUAACAUUUAAAAUUAAUUAACAUAAAAUAAUAUAUUGGAAUUUAUUAUCUGAAAUAAAAUAUCUUUGAUGCAGAAUGUUUUGUAAACAAAUAUUUUUGUUCUAAUCUAAAUAAAUGUAUCAUUUUUCGCAUAUUCUUUUUGAGAUAAGUUUUAUGGUGACAACGUCAUGUGCGCACAAUAAAGAAUACUACAAUAUUUAGAGCAAUUACCAUUAUCUCCAUGAUUGCGUUAGUGCUCAUAUUUAGAGCUGUUCCCAUCAGUGAAUCUCACGCAUUUAUUUCAACUGUAUAUAAAAAAUAAAAAGAUUUAAUAUUGAUCGCAGAAAAAUGUAA